AUGGCUGAAACGCUGCCCAGGCCGGAUGACUUGGAAGCCACUUGGAACUUUGUAGAGCCCGGAAUUCACCAGAUUUUGGGUCGCGACGGAACACCUUCUUCUGCACUGAAAAGGGUGGAUAAAGUGCUCUCUCCAGCUAUGUACAUGGAAGUAUACACGGCAAUCUACAAUUACUGCGUCAACAAAUCGAGCUCUGCGGGCCAGUUCAACGCUGACAACAAUAAACAGAGCCAAUCGUCUUUGUUGGUGGGAGGAGAGAUCUACCAGAAACUGCAAACGUGCUUGAAGGAAUACCUGUCUAAGUUGGAAAGAGAAACGAACGAAAGCUUUCUGCACUUCUACGUGAGACGCUGGAAACGGUUCACGGUGGGCGCGAUUUUCCUGAACCAUGCUUUUGACUACAUGAACCGCUACUGGGUGCAGAAGGAGCGCAGCGAUGGGAAACGACACAUUUUCGACAUCAACACGCUGUGUUUGAUGACGUGGAAAGAGGUGAUGUUCGACAAAAACGUAGACCAGCUCGUCCAAGAGGUCAUGCAGGUUAUUACUUUGCAGCGCGACGGAUGCGCAAUCUCGCACACCGACACCAACGUGGCCAUACGGUCGUUUGUGGCCCUGGGGAUCGAUCCUCAGGACCUAAAGAAGCUCAAUCUGAACGUGUACAUACAGCACUUCGAAAAGCCCUUUUUGGAGUACACACGAGCCUACUACAAACGGUUUUCGGAGCAAUUCUUGGAAAAUCGAACCGUUGCCGAGUACAUCUUCGCCGCCCAGGAAAAGAUCAAAGACGAGGAAACCAGAAUCGUUCUCUACUUGGAUGAGCACACCAAAAAGCUUCUUUCCGAGGCAUUGAACACCGUUCUGAUCACCGACCAUUCGCAAGCUCUCGAGGGCGAGUUUGUGGCUCUAUUGGACUCCAGAGACGAGCACAAGAUCUCGACGCUGUACGGACUCAUGCAGAGAGACAUUUUGUUGCUACCUAAGCUGGCGCAAGCGUAUGAGGGCUACGUGAAGAAAACAGGAGAACAAGAGAUCUCCCGUUUGCUUGCUGAGUCCAGGGCUAAAAUCAAUGAGUCCGCUGACGAGCAGGCUCCACAGAAAAAAACGGCUGCCAAUUUUGCACUUGCGCCGAAUGAGUAUGUGAAGAAACUGAUUGAGGUUUACGAAACUUUCAUCAAGAUCACUAGGGACUGUUUCCAAAACGGCCCACUUUUCACCAAGGCGCUCGACAAUGCUUGUCGUGCUUUCAUCAACGUCAACGAGCUUGCCAUCCCACCGGGUUCGCCAAAAUCUGCCACUUCGAAGACUCCAGAGAUGCUGGCCAAGUACAGUGAUCUGCUGCUCAAGAGAUCGAAUAAAGCCACUGAAACCAAUUCUACGCUCUCUGCCGACGACAUAAUGACCAUCUUCAAAUUCCUCACGGACAAGGAUGCCUUUGAGACUCACUACAGACGCUUGUUUGCCAAGCGAUUGAUACACGGGACGUCCACGUCCGAGGAAGACGAAGAAAUGGUCAUCCAGCGUCUUCAGAGCGAAAACAGCAUGGAAUACACUGGCAAAAUCACCAAGAUGCUCCAAGACAUCCGGUUGUCCAAACAGCUGGAUAAGGAGUUCGAGAGUGCUAUCAAGAUUACUCCAGACUACAGCAAAAAAAGGUUUCCUGAGUUCCAGCCAUUUGUGUUAGCCGAAACCAUGUGGCCCUUCUCUUACCAAGAGGUGGACUUCAACUUGCCGCAAGAACUGGCCCCCUCUCACAGCGGCCUGGAGAAACUCUACACCAACAAGCACAGCGGACGGGUGCUGAAAUGGCUGUGGCCGCUUUGUCGAGGCGAGAUGGUCGCAGACAUCGGGAAACCGGGCAGACCGCCCUUUGUCUUUACGGUGACGCUGUUCCAGAUGACCAUUCUGCUUUUGUUUAACGAGCGUUUGAGUUUGACUCUGGAGGAGAUCCAAGAACACACCAAUCUGAGCACCGCGAACAUUGCGUCGUCGCUGAUUCCGUUCAUCAGAUGGAAGCUGGUGCAGCAGACUCCGGUGGGUCUGGAUUCUCUUUCGAAGCCCGACACUGUUUUUAAGCUUGCGACGCCCUACAAGGCGCUCAAGACCAAGAUCAACUUUGCAGCCGGAGUGAAAAGCGAGGUUCCCGGGCUUGGGCUUGCGAACGGCAACGGCAACGGCAAUGGAAACGGCAAUGGCAACGGCGCUGGCAGUUCCAGAUCUGCAGAGAUGUCCGAGGCCCAGAAAAUCGAAAAAGAGCUCAACACGGAGCGCCAGAUUUUCCUGGAGGCCUGCAUUGUGCGGAUCAUGAAGGCGAGACGUAAAAUUCCCCAUGCCACGCUGGUGAACGAAUGUAUUGCGCAAUCGCAUCAACGUUUCAAUGCUAAAGUUUCGCUCAUCAAGAGGGCUAUAGACAACCUAAUUGCCAAGGAAUAUCUACAAAGAUGCGGAGACGGUGAAUGCUACGAAUAUCUGGCCUGA